AUGGAAGACAUUGUUCGAACUCCUGAAUGCAUUUUAGAUGAAAGAAUUCAAAAGGGCGUUAAACAUUACUUAAUAAAAUGGGCAGGUGUAAAUAUUUAUGGAGAUAGUUGGGAGUUGACUUGGGAGCCAGAAAAUGAUGAUGAUAAUGAUAAUGAUCCAACAGACAUAAAUGACAAUAACAUCCAAAAUCAUAACUUUCAAAAUAAUAAUAAUGAUAUUGCUCCAAACAUUAUUCCAAACAUUAUUCCAAGUAAUAUUCCAAAUAAUAUACACAAUAAUUAUAAUAUUAAAAAUGAUAUUCAACAACAACUACAGCAUAUACAAUAUAUGCAACAUGUUCAACCAAUACAGCCAAUACAAUAUAUUAACCCAAUGCAAUUAAUACAACCACAAAUGCAACAGAAUAUUCAACAGGUUCGUCCAAUACAAUUAAUACAACCAAUACAACUAAUACAACCACACAAUAUUCAACCAAUGCAAUUAUUUCAUCCGAUCCAGCAACACAUGCAACAACCACAGAUGCAACAGUCACUGAUACAUCAACAUAUUCAGCAAGUUCAACCAAUUCUACAACAUAUGCAACAACUACAACAAAUACAACAAACACAUAUACACCAUGUUCAUCAAGUUCAGUCAACCCAACAAAUUCAACAAUCACAAAAAAUUCAACAAUCAUGGAUGCAACAACAUAUUUAUCAAUAUCAACAGAUCCAACAAUUUCAACAACCACAACCAAUGCAAGUGAUAAAACCUAAUCAACCAGUACCACGACUACAAAAAAAUAUAAGACCAAAGCUGUCUUUAGCAGCGCAUGAUACAUAUCAACCACAACAAAUUCAACUUGCCCAGCAGGUUCAACUGAAUGAUCAAACAAAUGGUAAUCCAAAUGUUCAUCGAUCAAAUAUCCAAUCAAAUGAUAUUGAAAUAAUAGAUAUUUCUCCACCAAAUACACCUACAACGAUCAAUGGUUCAGAAUCAACACUGAUUAUAAAUAAAUACAAUAAUUUAAAGGAAUUUCAAACUAAUGGUGAUGAACUAGAUCAUAAUGAUAAGCUUAUUCCAGGAAAGACAAUAAAUAGCAUUACAAAUGUCAGUCAAGCUCUUUCUGACAUAGAAAAAGAGAGGUAUACUUUUGAAAAAGAUUUAAAUAUAUACAUAAAUAAAAUAAAAGGAUUAUAUACAAAGAAUAUCAAAAUACAAGAAGAAAAAAAUGCACUUAAUGAUGACUUGGAAUUUAUAUUAAAAAAUAGAAAACUAAAUGAAACAAUAUCAAAACAAAUUAAAAUAUACAAAAGAAAUAUACAAAGCAGGCAUAAGACUCUAAAUGAAUUAAUACAUAUCAAAGAACAAUCCCAUGAAAUGUUAAAUAAUAAGUUGGAAUCAAAAAAUGAAAAAUAUGAUGAACAAAUAAAUGAAUUGGAAAAGGUUAGAAAAGAGUUGACAGAAGAGAAUCAAUUAUUAUUUCAAGAGUUAAAAAAUCUAAAAAAUGCUGCUAAAUCGUCAUCACUAAACAACAUCCAAUCAUCAUCAAGUAGUUUACAUGGUAAGAAUAAAAGUUUUCAAAAGGAAAUUAACACAUUAAAAGUUCACAUUAUGUUAAAGGAAGAAACUUUGAAGAUGACACAAAAAAAGACCAGAGAACAAAAAAUGCAAAUUAAAUUUUUGAGUGAUUUCAAAGAGUUGGAGAAAAAAAGCAAAAUUCAUGAUGAUAAUAAUUCUUCAAAAUCAGGGGCAGAUUCAAAUUUAAUUAAAUAUUCAUUUUAUACUGGUGAGGAAAUAACGGACUAUAAUAGUUUAAUUAGCAAACCAUUUGAUUUUAUUAAUUAUAAAAAACCAUGGAAGUAG